AGCGACUUAAACACCCAAACCACACUCUCUCGCUGUUCUCACCAGCUAUAUAAACUGACAAGAAGUGUGAUAUAUGCACUAAUAACAUUCUGCUCCUGACAUCAUCACCAUCAUCCACAUCAACUUCAUCAUCAUCAUCAUCAGCAGCAAGAAUGUUCUCCCAUUUUCUCCUGCUGGCUCUCGCAUACCUUCAGUCCUUCACAACAUCCAACAAUAUGAUGGAGAAUUCUUGUAAGAAGAAAUCGUCACUGAGGCAGAGCAGGAAUCUGAAUAUGAAAGAGUAUUUCUUCUGUUCUACAACUUAAAAUAAAUCCUACAGAGUGGGGUGAUAUCUGCACUAAUACCAUUCUGCUCCUGACUGUCAUUAUCCUCAUCAUCUUCAUCAUCAUCAUCAUCAGCAGUCAUGAUCUCUCGUUCUCUCCUGCUGGUUCUGCUGGUUCUCGCCUGCCUUCAGUCCUUCACAACAGCCCAGAGUCCAAAAGGACCAGAUCAGUGCUGUUUCGGAUUUCAGAAUAAAUCAAUCCCUGUAAGAGUCAUUGCAUCGUAUAGAGUAACAGAUCUUCAGUGUACAAAACAUGGAGUCAUCUUUACCCUGAAGAACGGUGGUCAGCGGUGUGGAGAUCCCAGUGUCGAGUGGGUGAAGGAUCGCAUGGACAAUAUUAACCAGCGCCUGUUUAACAACCAGACUUCAACUGAAAAACCUGAUAAACCAGUCUCUACUGCCUCAUCCAUUACAAACGAGCCUGAUAAACCAGUCUCUACUGCCUCACCCAGUAGAAAUGCAAAACCCACACCGACUGUGAGAGUGAAUCCUCAGAGCUCCGUCUACACUGGAGACACCGUCACUCUGAGCUGUGAGCUGCAGCAGGAGACUGGAUGGGAGUUUCUCUGGUACAGAAAUAAUCAGUUACAGAGUCUGAACAGUGAACAAGAGAACACACUUAAAGUGACAGUCGUUAAUGCAGGAGAAAGAGAGUACAAGUGUCAAGCAAUCAGGGGAAACUACUCCACAUGGAACAGAGACUAUUACAACGGCUACUCCUUCACAAAGUGCAGUAAUCCUGUCAAGAUUACAGUGAGAGCAAGACCUAAACCAGUGGCAUGCAUAGAUCCUGAUAAUCAGGUGUUCGGUGGAGAGACCGUCACUCUGAGAUGUGACAUACAGGAUGAAAGUGUCUCUAGCUGGCAGUACAGCUGGUAUAAAGAUGCUUCACACAGUCCUGUCAGUAGUGGACAGGUGUACAGAAUCAGUGGUGUUGAAGUGACCCACACAGGUAAAUACACCUGUAGAGGAGCAGAGAGAGGAGGUUCACGCUCCUCACACUCCAGUGAUGCUGUUACACUGACUGUAUCAGCAAAACCCACACCGACUGUGAGAGUGAAUCCUCAGAGCUCCGUCUACACUGGAGACACCGUCACUCUGAGCUGUGAGCUGCAGCAGGGGACUGGAUGGGGGUUUCUCUGGUACAGAAAUAAUCAGUUACAGAAUCUGAACAGUGAACAAGAGAACACACUUAAAGUGACAGUCGUUAAUGCAGGAGAAAGAGAGUACAAGUGUCAAGCAACCAGGGGAAACUACUCCACAGAGUUCAGUGAUCCUGUCAAGAUUACAGUGAGAGCUCAGUUAGCCCGCCGUGCUAUCUUCCGAAGAAGUCCCAGGGGUGCUCUGCGAUGCUACCGCCAGUAUCAGCUGUCUUGCCUGGCCAUUGAGCUUACUGGUUUCCUGGAACACCUAUCUGAAACCUCUAUUCCCAAGUCUCCCCACCUUGCUCAUCAUAUCGUGAGACACCAUCUGUCUUGAUCAGAGCACCCAGUUUCACACCAAAACCUGUGACCAAUCCACCCAGACCUUCUACUGGCAUUGGACACGCACCACUUCUCAAGGCGUCCAGACUGAAGACUUCCCUAUUGAGAUCUCUCCUGAUGAUUCUUCCUCUGACACCUCUUCAACUCCCAGCUCUCCUGACAUUCCCCAACCUUCUCCUGGCUUUGUGCCUUUGUCCUACAGUACUCCUUCUUCCCCUAUCUUUUCACCUCCAGUUUCCCUCACUGAUUACUCUCCCACUUCUUCUCAGAAACCUGAGGUCCCUUCUUCUUCUACUGACCCUACGGUCCCACUGAUCCCAUUGGACAGGCUGACUGAUCUGUAACUCCUGACAUUUCAAUAAAUUUCUCUUUUCCUUCUUCUAGUCUCAGUGUGGUUAUUACACUAGUACACUAAUAUUAAUGGUUAUGCAUGAUUAUUAUAAAUUUGCAUUAUUCAAAGCCAGCUACUACUCAAUAGCUAAAUAAUUUUUUGAUAGAUAAACACAACUUUUAGGUAAAGUAUUGCUAAUUUAAAACAAAGCAGUCUCCAUGUGAAAUGAUUAUUCUGUAAACAUCUGUUGAAAAAUGAAACAACAUGAAACAAUUGGAGUGUGAGGGAAUUAAAAUAAAAUGGUAAGUCGUUUUUUUUUUUUAAAUAAAUAAAUAUGAAAAGCGCCCUUUUUUGCACUUGAGCCCCACAAAAUGUCUGUGCACAUUACUGUUUUUUUGCUGUGAUGUUCAUGGUUUUAUUCAUUCAAAAUGAGGACAUGUAUUUUACUGGAGUAACAUUUUAAAUAGUUUAUCUCUACUUUUACUCAAGUGCGAAUGUGUACUUGUGUACACCACUGGCUGUAAUGCCAUCACUGUCAUUAAAUUUAGUAUAAUUGCAUGUUUAAUGGUAUGUUGGUGGAUAAAGCAAAAUCUGAUUGAAAGCUGAUAGCCAUUAAACAGAAUUACAGUGAUGUUCUAGGUCUAUUAAGUGCAUUGUUUUAUGAUUUACAAACAUUUCAAAGUCCAGGGGUGAAGAUCCAGUGCAACCUUACCUAAAACAUUUCCCCAAGACACUUCACUUCUUCUCCUCAUUAUUAUUAUUAUUAUUAUUAUUAAUAUUAUUAUUAUUAUUAUCAAAAAUUAUUGAAAGAUUAACUUUAUCUUACUGUUCUCUGUUGUGAAAGAAUGAAGGCAGGUUAGAACCAGCAGAACCAGCGGGAGAAAAAGAUUGCUGAUGGUGAUGAGGAAGAUGAUGAAGAUUAUGUCGAUGGUCAGGAGCAUAAUGGAAUUAGUG